UUACUGAUCAAGCAACUCAACUGUUCAGCUGUAGCUUACGAAAAUGACGACUAAAUUGAUAUUAUUGUUGGUUUUGUACAUUACUACAUGUCAAGCUACAGACUUUUUUUUGAAAUCGAUCAUCAGUGAAAAGACACCGCUUCUAACUGGCGUGUUUAAGUCGAAAUUCAGAGCAACAACUGGCGCUGCGUUCCAGCUUUUAGUUACCGAUGGAAGAUUCCAGGCAGUUCUUGUACUUGGCGAUAAUAUAAAUGGAAUAAUUGUAUUAAAUAAGACACUUUUUGGUCUCAUUCCAUUUGGUUCCGAAAGAACCUUCAGAAUAACCUGUGAGCUAAGGCACAUAAGAAAUAAUAUACUUCUUGAUAAGAUCAAUCUUGUGGUGUAUGUUUUGAAAGCAGGCUACGCCGAUAGUUUGCUUAAAAAAGCUUUGUCUGUAAUGGAUAAAGUAAAACUAAGUAAUCCUUUCCGACCCACUGGACAAAACUUCAGAUUACCAAAAAAAUUGCAUAGCAUCCUUAUGGCAACAAGGAGCAGAAGGACAAGAGCGAACUCACUGGCUUCAUGCAAGUUUAAUCAGGUGUGCAAAGAGGCUGAAAAACUGAUCAAAACGGAGGUUGACGAGACCGCUGAAAUUUAUGUGGGUCCUGAAGGCAUGUUUUCAGAAGAACGUCUUGAAGAACUAAUAGAAGAGACUGGUUGCAUUCCAGAGAUUUCAAAUAUUCAAUGCGAAGCAAAUCAAGCUUAUCGAUCGAUAGAUGGAACAUGUAACAAUUUAGAUAAUCCAACACAAGGUGCAGCUGAUACUAUUUUUUCACGCAUGUUUCGUGCUCGAUACUUUGAUGCUGAAGGACUGAAUGAGCCGGCAGGUGGAGGUUUAAAUCAACCUAAUGCACCAAACCUACCUAAUCCUUCCAAAGUAACAGAUGAGUACAUCGUCAUUCAAGAUAAAAAUCAACCAAACCGCGAUGGUAUCACGCAUUUGUUCAUGCAAUGGGGACAGUUUAUUGAUCAUGAUUUAACAUUAGCACCGGAAUCUGAGAAUGGUGACAUAUGUGAAAAUAUACCGUGCGAUGGUAGCGCAGAAGAUUUUGUUGAUCCAUGCUUCCCAAUCUUGCCUUUUGGACAAAGACCAUGUAUUCGAUUAAUUAGAUCUGCGGCAAGAUGUGAUUUUAAGAAAGCUACACCACGUGAGCAGAUUAAUGUAAAUACUGCAUAUCUUGAUGCAUCUAUGGUUUAUGGGUCAUCAGAAAGCGUUCAAGACGCAGUUCGUGAUGCCGGAAAUCUUAGGUUUCUGGCAACUUCUGGUGAUAAUCUUCCUCCAAUUGACAACAGUCAAUUAGGUGAGCCACUUAGCCUUUGCGAGAAUCUUGGAUCUUGUUUCCUCGCAGGUGAUAACCGAAUAAACGAACAAGCAGCUUUAGCAGCUAUGCAUACACUCUGGGUUCGUGAACACAAUCGUAUUGCAAGACGUCUUUCAAGAAUAAAUCCACAUUGGUACUCAGAAAAAAUCUAUCAGGAAGCAAGAAAAAUUGUUGGUGCUUUGAUUCAACAUAUAACAUAUGAAGAAUGGUUACCAAUUCUGAUUGGAACUGAUGUAUUAGAUUCAAACAUCAGAUAUAACCCCAGAGUAAAUGCUUCUAUAUCUAACGAGUUCGCUACAAUAGCAUUUAGGUUAGGACAUAGUUUGAUCAGACCGAAGUUUGAAUUUCUCAAAAGAGACUAUGAAUCUUUUCCGUUCUCUCCAGUCCCCUUGCGCGAACUUUUCUUUAAUAAUACACUGGCUCAAGUCAACGGGAUUGAUGGCUGGAUGAUUGGAAUGGUUGGCAAUGUUUCUCAAGAAAUGGACAAUGAAAUGGCGAUUGGUCUCACAAAUGAAUUGUUCCAGCGUGAUGAAAUCAGCCGAGAAGGUCUAAAUCUUGCUGCAUUGAACAUGCAACGUGCACGUGAACAUGGCCUACGUUUUAUAUGUACUUUUGAACCAGAAGUACUGCAAAGUCUUAAAUCAGUUUAUAAUAAUCGACCUCAAAAUACUGAUGUGUUUGCAGCUGGCAUUGGUGAAAAACCGCGUAUUUCUUCAGCAAAUGAAAGCCCAAUUCUAGGACCUACCUUUACUUGUAUCGUCAAAGAUCAAUUUGAUCGGUUAAGACAAGGGGAUAGAUUCUUUUACACAAAUCCAUUGCCAGAAGGAUUUACGGAUGCUCAGCGAAAAGCAAUAGAAGCUCGUAAGUUGUCGGAUGUAAUUUGCGACAACAUUGAUGUUAUAUCAGUUCAGCAAAAAGCUUUCUUUGCAAAAGGACGUAAAGAAGUUUGCGAUAGAACAAGGCGACUGAAUAUUAGACCAUGGCGAGAGUCAUCGUGCUGUUGCCAUUAAGUGAGAACUGAAGAGUGUGAAAACUAACUGGAUUUUUUGCUUUAAGUCGUUUUUAAUUGUCUUAAACUAACUACUAAUGAAUGUUUACUUUAGAACUACAGGCUGAAUUUAUAUUCACAGACAAUGAAUUUUCAUACCUAGUAAAAUAAUAUCCCAUGAUUAUUUAUCACAUCGGUAUAAGGAUGUUUGUGUUUCAAAAACGCAUUCAUUCUGAAUAAACUUUUUAUAUUUCAAUGUAAAAAGAUUAUAUAUUUUCAAUAAAUUUAUUCAUGUUGUA